CGGGCUCCGCCGGAUGCGCACGCACCCUUCUGCCCCCUUCUUUUGUGGUCCGGCCCAUUGCGAGGGUGACAGGAAACCCUGUGCAGGGUGCGCCGCCAUCUUGGACCUGCCCGAGGAAGACCCUGAGGGAGCCGCGAGGGCCGUCUCCGCCGCCACCGCAGUGCCGCGAGCGCGUCCGCACCUCUCCGGCCAGCCCGCUACCUGCCGAGACCUCGGCCGAGCGCCCCCGCCCCCGCGUCGCUGCGCCCGCACUCCUCUUCCUCGUCCUGACGCCCCCUCCCGCCCGGAAAGCUGCCCAGCCACCAGCAACCCCCCAGUGCCACCAUGGCAACUGCACCAUACAACUACUCUUACAUCUUUAAAUAUAUUAUUAUUGGGGACAUGGGAGUAGGAAAAUCUUGCUUACUUCAUCAGUUUACAGAAAAAAAAUUUAUGGCUGAUUGUCCUCACACAAUUGGUGUUGAAUUUGGUACAAGAAUAAUUGAAGUUAGUGGCCAAAAAAUCAAACUGCAGAUUUGGGAUACAGCAGGACAGGAGAGGUUUAGGGCUGUUACACGAAGCUAUUACAGAGGAGCUGCCGGAGCACUUAUGGUGUAUGAUAUCACUAGAAGAAGUACAUAUAACCAUUUAAGCAGCUGGUUGACAGACGCAAGAAAUCUCACCAAUCCAAAUACUGUAAUAAUUCUCAUAGGAAAUAAAGCAGAUUUGGAAGCACAAAGAGAUGUUACAUAUGAAGAAGCCAAACAGUUUGCUGAAGAAAAUGGCUUAUUGUUCCUUGAAGCAAGUGCAAAAACGGGAGAGAAUGUAGAAGAUGCUUUCCUUGAGGCUGCCAAGAAAAUCUAUCAGAACAUUCAGGAUGGAAGCCUGGAUCUGAAUGCUGCUGAGUCUGGCGUACAACACAAACCAUCAGCUCCACAGGGAGGUCGACUAACCAGUGAACCACAGCCCCAGAGAGAAGGCUGUGGCUGCUAGUGACCUCUUUGCAGUGGCACUCAUUUGACCUUUCACCUCUUGUCUGUUGGAAGCAGUACUUUUUACUGCCUCAUUGUCUUCUGUACAUCUUACUGGGUUUAAUUAAAAAAAAGAAAAAACUACUCUGUUUUACAAACAGUUUAACACAAUACUAAACUGCUAAACAACUAGAUGUAAUCAGGUUAUCAAAGGCAAGUAGAGUAAUAAAUCUCUCCUGCAUGGUAAAUUUAGAUUUCCCCCCUUUGAUUGUCCUUGUGAUAGGUAUGUCACCAAUACAUGAUUUAAACUGAGCACUGAUCCUGGACUUCAUGAUUUCUACUCCUCUCUCUUUUUGGUAACACUUUGUCUCACUGUACGGUUUAAUUUGGUAUCUUAAGCCUUUCUCCCCAUCUUUAACUGUUCACAUAUGUUUGUUGUAGUCAAUAAGUUUAUUGCUGUGAAAUAAUUUCUGAUGGUAGAGAAGAGGUUCUGUAAUUGCUUUUUGUUUUGUUUCUGUCGGGUAAAUUCCUGGUUGUGUAGCUAUCAGUUUUCUAGAGGAGGUUUGCUUGUCUUACCCUUACACUGGGAAAAUACCCAUUUAUCUUUUUUUCUUGUGCUUUAUUAGUAGCUUUGUCUUUUUUUUUUUUUUUUACAUCAUAUUAUCCUUUUCUCUUUAGCAGAAAGUAAAUAUGUAUAAAAUUUGAAGGAACCGAACUAACGAUACGUUCUGUGUAUAUUAUUUUAAUGAAGAAAAUAAAAUGAUUACUGGCAUUGGAGCAGUAUAAAAUACCAGUUUGUACAGUAUGACCUGUAUGUGACCAUGUUAUUCCCUUCCAUUUCACACAAGGAAAUAGAGACAACUGCAGUUCACAAAUAAUACUGGCUCCACUCUUUGGUGCUGGCAGUUUUGGGGACAUUAUGCUGGAAAAAGCUCCUAGCAUGAGAGGAUUAACACUAGCAGAUUCUGUUCCAUCUUUGCACUGUGGCUUACCUGCUGAUAUUCUGAACUAUUCUUGUGCAAUCGACAGUGUGCUAACCUGCUUUUCUCUUUUUGUAAACAUUUUGCAUUACAGGCUGCAUUUCUUGCCUUACUGUAUAGAGAAAGAAAAAAGACUGGGUUUAUUGCACAUUUAAGCUUUUAUACCUAUAUCUUGGAAUGGUAAGAUUAUGAACCAGACAGCCAGAACCACAUGUCUGCUGUUAAGGGAUUUUAAAUUGUGCAUUUUUAACACUACAGUGAAAUAAUUUAAGAUAUCCUUUGUGUUCAUAAUAUGAGGGGAUAUUUUAUGUCUCUUUGGCAUAAAUUAUUUUGUGAAAGGGAAAGUGUUUGUAAUGGUGUUUCAAUGUUAGUAUCAAUACAAAGUUAUGACUUUGUGCUAAGUGGUUUGACCACUGAAAGAAUACUGUAAUACAAGGGAAAUAAUCUUAUUUCUUUACACAGCAAAUUUAUGUUAGCACGUUCUUUACUUUCCUUGAUUGAUUUCUAAUUGAGUUUAAUGGUUUGGGUUGGUACUUGAGUCAUUUGUAGUAGGAAAGGUAGACCAUAACAUAUUCUAUCAAAUGCACUUAGAUCAACUGCUGUGUUUAAAAUACACAUUUUAAAUCCCUCUUUACAGACACUAAAGUAUAAAAAAACACAUCUAUCUGGGUUGUAAACACGUGGUAGUACAAGAGUAUUGUAUAGUCAAUGUUAAAUAAAAGCCAAAACUGGAAUGUGCAGAAAAUAGGGUUUGGUUAAUUUGUGGACUUACCUUUCUUUUUGUCUUUAAUUUUUUAAAAACAAGAUUCCUGAAGUAGGUUGAUAAAUUCUGUUAAAGACUUAACAGUGAUCCAUUUUGCUUACACUGUUGCAUCACAGGGGACUUGCCCAGGGACCAUGACCUGCUGGUGUGUGUAUAUAUUUACAAAAACAAAACAAACAAACCACCCUCUGGGAUAUAAGGUAGCAAUCACAAAAACUGCAGCUUGUCUAGGUGCAAUACCCUGAUUCCCAAAGUUAGUUACAGUGAGUCUUAUGUUUUUGUGACAGGAUUUAUUCAGACUGCUGUACUCUUCAUUUUAUGUAACAAAAUGCUAUUAAUCUAAAUAUUUGUAAAUAAAGUACCUGUAUCUAGAUUAAAA